AUGUUCAGAAACGCUUUGCGGCAGUCUAGCCGCACCGUUGCGGCUGCCACUGCCACUGGCAGAAUCGCCUCGGUUCGCGCGGCUGUUCCCGGCCCCCUCGCUGGUGCCUCCAAGCAGAUCCGUUCCUACGCUGCUGAGGCCAAGGCUUCGCCCACAGAGGUUUCUUCCAUUCUUGAGCAGAGAAUCCGUGGUGUUCACGAAGAGGCUGGUCUUGCUGAGACCGGACGUGUCCUUUCCGUCGGUGACGGUAUCGCCCGUGUCCAUGGCAUGACCAAUGUCCAGGCUGAGGAGCUGGUCGAGUUCGCCUCUGGUGUCAAGGGCAUGUGCAUGAACCUGGAAGCCGGCCAGGUCGGUGUUGUGCUCUUCGGUUCUGAUCGUCUCGUCAAGGAGGGUGAGACUGUCAAGCGUACUGGAGAGAUUGUCGACGUUCCUGUCGGUCCCGAGCUUCUCGGCCGUGUCGUUGAUGCUCUUGGUAACCCCAUCGACGGCAAGGGCCCCAUCAACACCAAGGCCAAGAGCCGUGCUCAGCUCAAGGCCCCUGGUAUCCUGCCCCGUCGCUCCGUCAACCAGCCCGUCCAGACUGGUCUGAAGUGUGUCGAUGCCAUGGUGCCCAUUGGUCGUGGUCAGCGUGAGUUGAUCAUUGGUGAUCGUCAGACUGGUAAGACCGCUGUCGCUCUCGACACCAUGCUGAACCAGAAGAGAUGGAACGACUCCGCCGUUGAUGAGAGCAAGAAGCUGUACUGUAUCUACGUUGCCGUCGGCCAGAAGCGUUCCACUGUUGCCCAGCUCGUCCAGACCCUCGAGGAGAACGAUGCCAUGAAGUACUCCAUCGUCGUUGCUGCCACUGCUUCCGAGGCCGCCCCUCUGCAGUACCUCGCUCCUUUCACCGGUUGCGCCAUGGGUGAGUGGUUCCGUGACAACGGCCGCCACGCUGUCAUCACCUACGAUGAUCUUUCCAAGCAGGCCGUCGCUUACCGUCAGAUGUCUCUGCUUCUCCGUCGUCCCCCCGGUCGUGAGGCCUACCCCGGUGACGUUUUCUACCUCCACUCCCGUCUUCUGGAGCGUGCUGCCAAGAUGAACGACAAGCACGGUGGUGGUUCCCUCACUGCUCUGCCCGUCAUUGAGACCCAGGGUGGUGACGUUUCCGCUUAUAUUCCCACCAACGUCAUUUCCAUUACCGAUGGUCAGAUCUUCUUGGAAGCCGAACUCUUCUACAAGGGUAUCCGUCCCGCCAUUAACGUCGGUCUUUCCGUCUCCCGUGUCGGUUCCGCUGCCCAGGUCAAGGCCAUGAAGCAGGUUGCCGGUUCCCUGAAGCUGUUCUUGGCUCAGUACCGUGAGGUCGCCGCUUUCGCUCAGUUCGGUUCCGAUCUUGAUGCCUCCACCAAGCAGACUCUCGCCCGUGGUGAGCGUCUGACCGAGCUCCUCAAGCAGAAGCAGUACUCUCCCAUGGCCGUCUCCGACAUGGUUCCCCUCAUCUUCGCUGGUGUCAACGGUUACCUCGAUGGCAUCCCCGUCAACAAGAUUCUCCAGUGGGAGUCUGACUUCCUUGCCAGCCUGAAGACCAACCAGCCCGAGAUCCUUCAGACCAUCGACAAGGAGGGUCAGAUCAGCAAGGAGCUCGAGACCAAGAUCCGUGAGACCAUCGAGGCCUUCAACGCUUCUUUCAACGCAUAG